AUUCGUGCGUGUGCUGCGCGCACACGUAUACGCCUUUGGCAGUGAAUGCAUCCAGAGCGAGCCAGACACUCAAUUUCUUCUCUCGAACGUGAGAUAAAAAGACUUGCGACCGCAUUGCGAUGCGCGUCCUGCUCGUCACGCAAAAAGAGGAGAGGAAACAAGCAACACUUUUUUUUCACAUGCACUGUAGGAUUUUCAAACAACGCACAGAUUUGUUUUCCGACAUUAAUUAUCACAUGCUCUUUUGUGCCGUUACCCUUAGGCCUAAUUAGGGUUCGUGGUGCACUGGUACUUAUUAGGUUUUUAUCAAAGUUUUGAGUUUAGUUAGUGCUUUACCUGGCCCGAGGUAAAAUGGACAAUGCCUCGCGAUCCAUGACCGCUUUGUCUCCGUCCAAUGCGGCCGAGACGCAUCGAGAGAGCACGCGGAACCACAAUUCGCGGGAUGUGGACUCGCCGAAGCUGUUUGUGGGUCAAAUUCCUCCGUCUUGUACCGAAGCGGAUUUGCGUGAGCUCUUCUCGCGGUACGGCCGGAUCCACGAGCUCGUGGUGUUCAACGACAGAAUUGGCAACGACUCAAAAGCUGGCUACGGGUUUGUAUCUUUCGUGACGAGAAAGGAAGCCGACAACGCGAUAUCGAACCUUAACGAGAGGCACAUGCUGCCAGGGUCCCACCAUUACAUGCAAGUGCGUUAUGCUGAAGGAGAAAACGAUCGACUAGAACCUAAGCUCUUUGUAGGCCGCUUGCCCCGCAAUACCACUGAUUUAGAUCUUCGAUAUUUGUUUGAACCAUUUGGAAAUAUUAAAGAAAUCAAGAUCCUUUCUAACGCUACCGAUGGUUCUUGCCGCGGCUGUGGUUUCAUUCGAAUGACAGACAGGAUGGCGGCACUCGAGGCCAUUGAUAAGCUGAACGACAAGGGCAAAAUUCAUGAUCAGUUGAUCACCGUUUCGUUCGCGGAAACCUCCAAGGAAAAACAGAGAAGAAGAAGAAUGCAGGAGUUGAGUUCUCAUCAUCAUUCCAUUUCCGCGCCCUACGGCCAAUCCUGCCAUUAUCCGUCUUAUUAUUCUCCUGGCAUGGUCCCGAUCAACUCGAUCAACAUGGCGGGUGGCGAUGCCGAGGCUCCCAAGAACCUGAGUUCCGUUUUACAGUCCAUCGAGUCCAAACUUUCUCUCGUUCAAAAGCAGGCCAGCAUCCCUCACCUGGCCCAACUUCCGAGUGAGCCGAUCAAUUACAACGUCGCCUCUUACCCCCAUCAGUAUCAGUGGCCUACUGCACUGCCCGCCAAUCCCAUGCUCUCCAUGAUCCCGCCCCAGGCCAACCAAGUGCAGUCGCUCAUCCAAAUGAACUCUCUCCGCCCAGGCGCCAUGCCCAUGGUUCCCAACACUCACGGGAUCAAGCAGGAGGGUCCCGUGGACGCCAACUUGUUCGUUCUCCACCUGCCAAAGGAAUGGAGGAACCAAGAGUUGUACGCGAUCUUUCAGCCGUAUGGAUGCAUACUCAGCGCCAAUGUGUACAUCGACAAAGUCUCUGGCGAGAGCAAGUGCUUCGGAUUUGUGUCUUACGACAACGUCCACUCCGCGCAAGCGGCUAUCGCUGCUCUUAACGGACUUCAGAUUUCCGGCAAGCGUCUUAAAGUCGAGAACAAGCGAGCAAAGAAUAGCUCUAUGUGAAGCACUGUGUUGUUGAGCGUCUUCUCUCUCGAUCCCUUCGAGAUCAAAAAAAAAAAAAAAAGUCUGAACUUCUUAAGUAUGCAGCGGAGGAAACAGAGACUCUCGUUGGCUGUUAUAGAAGGAGCAUUACCGAACAGACACGAUGCGCUCACGUUGACAUGGAAUACACCCCAUCCAUAUUUUAUUAUCGCUACUCAAGGCAAGAGAGUAGGCUGCGCAUAAAAUUUUGGAUCAAUUUCAAUAAAUAUUGACCCCUCUUGAGGAAAAAGAAAAGAAAGAGACGAAGAGUCCCCC